CUGCAAGGAGAUUGAUUCUUAAUGUAGCACCACACGCGACACGAGAGCCGGGCGCCCCUUCCGCGGUGCCAGCCACAGGAAAGAUGUGAAGUUUUAAUCAUGCAGACAGGGCGGCGGUGCGGCGCUCCCCCCGCAGCACAAGCUCCGGACGCCGGCAGCAGCGAGCAGGACUUGGGGCGACGGGCGGCGGGGAGCGGCGGAAAUACCGCCACCCGCCCGCGGGCACGGCGGCUGUGGCGCGCCCGCGGGCCUGAGCGCUCCGCAAACGGAUUUAUUCAUGUUUCAUCCCCCUCUUCCCUCUUUUUUCCCCCCUUCUUUUCCUACCACAAUUAUAAUUCAUUUCAAUAACAAGAGGCGGGAGCGCGGAGCGGCGCGGUCCGCAGCGGGCAUGCCCGGCCCCCGGCCCGGGAAGUCCCCGCAGGGGAGCCGGGGCUGCCCGCCCGCCGGCCGCGGGGCUCCUCCGCCCUCCCUCCGCCGCCUGCCCACAGCAUAACCAGCCCCCUUUCCCCCGCUCCCUCCCUCGCCGUGGCAAAUCUUGGAGCGCAAGAGAUCCGCUGGGCAUAGGGAGGGGAUAUAUAGAUGUAUAUGGGUUUUUUUCUCUUCUCCCCCACCCCCCCGGUCCUUCCCCCUCUCCAAGACCUGAGGAAAUCCAGCCCAAGUUCGCCGCGAUGACUGUGCUGCUGGCAUCGGGGUUUCUCCGCGGCAUCCCAGCCUCUGGACCGCCUCACCGCUGCUCGCUUUGAAUCUUGAACACUGGGUUAAAGCUUAAUUCUCAUGUUGUGGUUGCUGAGCUGCUGCUUUCCCGUGUUUUGCGAUGGGAGGUGGAGGAAAAGGGUUUGUCCGUGAGUCAACACUGAAAAUGUGAUUAGGACGAACCGCUUUUACUAAUCUGUUUCCAACCUUUUAGUCCAUGUUGGCCUGUGACCCCUUUCAGCUUUCAGAUCGAGCCUGAUUAGACCACAACACUGGUCUCCCUAUGGAAGCAGCUGUUUCCAUCUGGCAUUGAGAUCCCAUGGAGCAGCUGAGGAGGGGGAUGGCUCUUCGUAUCCAUGAUGCCUGGAUGCUUCUUUUUGUAAUCCCUGCUUUGGUCACCCCAGCUGCCAUCAAUCAUGAAGACUACCCUGCUGAUGAAGGGGACCAGACCUCCAGCAAUGACAAUCUGAUCUUUGAUGACUACCGAGGGAAGGGCUGUGUGGAUGACAGUGGCUUUGUGUACAAACUGGGAGAACGUUUUUUCCCGGGGCAUUCCAACUGUCCCUGUGUCUGUACUGAGGAUGGACCUGUUUGUGAUCAACCAGAAUGCCCUAAAAUCCACCCAAAGUGUACAAAAGUGGAACACAACGGAUGCUGUCCAGAAUGCAAAGAAGUGAAAAACUUUUGUGAAUAUCAUGGGAAAAAUUACAAAAUCUUGGAGGAAUUUAAGCCCUCGCCAUGCGAAUGGUGUCGCUGCGAGCCCAGCAAUGAAGUUCACUGUGUUGUAGCAGACUGCGCAGUUCCCGAGUGUGUCAACCCAGUCUAUGAACCAGAACAGUGUUGUCCUGUCUGCAAAAAUGGAAUUCCUGAAAUGGCCAGAUUUUAAGAUUGCAGUUAAAACCCCUUCAGUCAAAGUCUAUGCAAUAUGCUGAUUGGAUGUGCAGAUGCAAGUUGAGUGUGACCAGCCAAGAAGAUGUAUCCCCCACACCGGACUUUGCUGGACUCCACAAUCCUCUCCAAAGGUCCCAGAGACUGAAGCUGGUAGCCUAGCAUAGCAGCAUCACCCUUCAUUCUUGGUGGAUAAAGUAUUCAUGGCAGCCAGACAGGUUUUUGGGUACUCAGUUGACCCCACCACCCCAUUCAGAUCUCUGAGUGGUCACAGGAAGGACCUGCUCGUCUUCAGGCAAUGCUUGCCCUGCGCAUGGAGGCUGGUGGUUGUGUCAUGGCUGACUCCUGAUGCAGAGAUGCCACCCCUAAUCAGGAGUCAUCUUCCAAUUUUGCAGAACCUGUAGAAGCCAUCUGAACACUGUGAUGACAGAGCCCAGAGCAACUGGGGCCAGCUGUGAAAAUCAAUGGUCUUGGAAGGCUGGAUGCAGAAGAAAAUUCCUGAGACUACAAAGGAUGCAUUUUUGAUGGUUUGACAGCUAGUGUUCAUUGUAUUUACCAGAAGGAAUGUAAACUGUGAUGCCCUAUUAGCUCAAUUAAAGGACUGAUUUGAUUACCAACAGAGGGGAAAGAAGGAUCAAUUUAAACAGUGGCAGCAGAUCACGACUGAAAACAAGGUGGUAUAUUUGGCCAAGAAGUCACCAACCUGGCAAAAUACUUCAGUACUUACUUCACUGUUCCUUGAAAAAUGUCAUUUCCCUGAAGCUGGUUUUCAGUGGAGCGCAUUCACCUCCAUCACUCUGGGCUAAGUGAUUAAAGGCAUGUAGAUGCUGAAUUAGCUGAUGAGAGUUAGGUACAUAAGCACCUGUCAAGAUCUAGCUCCUCCAUUGCUUUUGGAAACCUCAGGCAGUUGGAUUUAUCUGGAUGCUAAAAUGUCCUGCUAACUCAAAACUAUGCCCUGCUCCCUGUGGACACAGUUGUUGGAAGAGUCAUCUGAUAAUGGUGAAAAGCUUUGGAAAGGUAUAUAGAGGUUACACCUUCAAAACUGGUCAUCCUGGUGCUGGAUUGCAUCGAGGAGGACUGAGUUGAAUCUGCCACCCCCUGAAGUUUAGAAGAAAGAGAGACUAAAAGAGGCAAGUGAGAGGAAGAGCCUUUAGAGAACAAAAAAGACGUGAACUGAACAGUGCUUAAUGUGAUUAACUCCAUCACACAGCUCAGUGCUCACACAGAGUAGAAGCUGCUGGACUGUGUAGCCUCAGAGUGACAGGGAUGCUGCCAGGAAGAGCUCCAUUCAAAGAGUGCUGUGUAGGGAGCCAGCGGGACAGCAGCCCCCUUCAACCCGACAUGUCCAUCUGCAUGUGCACAGGUCAGCCAAUGCUUCCCAAGCAUUUGUGAUCUCUUCCUUUGCCCAGGAAACAAGCAGAGGGUAACUCACAUGUUAAACAAGGCGGAAGAAGACUCUGCCAGACAGCCAAAAGCCAUAUAGGAGCUGAAAGCCACUGUCCUGCUUAUGUACCCCAGGCCCUAACCAUGUUUCCAUGCUUUCAUCCCAGCAGAGUCCAAAAUGAAUGUCUACAGGCACCCUAAGGAGAAAGGCUUGGGAGGAUUAUGAAAAGUCAUUUCUUGGAUGAGACUUGCGCCAAAGCUCUCAUUGAGCAGACACAGCUCACAGAGAUGUGAGAAGCACGUUACAUGGUCUCUGCAUUGCUCCUUAAACUCAGAAAUGUUUAUGAAGAAGCAUUUGCUCAUCGGUGAUUGUUUCUCCUUGGGAAAAAUGUUGCUGAAAUUUGUGUGCACAAGCCUAUGGCAGGGGUAGUUGAAGAUCCACUACAAUCAGGAUAGUAUGUUGUAGG